UGCCCUUCUUCCCCCCGCUCGGUCUAUUACUCAUCAAUGUAUCCCAGCUAACAGUCGUGUAUUUUGUUUUUUCUCGUGUUAUAGUUGCGAUAAAGAUGGGUUUCUAGUACCAAAAAUUUGCACACCCACGUGUGCCUUCUACGCACGUAAAACAUGAUUGCCAACAUGGCGCCCUCACCGGACUCUUUUGUCCUUCGACCACCUUUAUCAUCAUCAUUGGAUACCGAUCGCUACCGGCUCGCAUCGUCAUUUAAUUUGUCUGUGAAUAUUUUCAACAACAACAACAAUGAGUGCGAGCGUUUGGGAUCAGUCAUUGGCUUCGGCCAAUGGCUUGCUCACUAAUGAAGAGUGCUCUUUGCUGCUCGAUUUCGACAUAUUCAAUGCCGAAGAUGAUCUGCUCAAGUCUCUACCAACAGUUACGCCGAAGAUCGAACUUAGCAAUUACCAGUUGCAUGAUGAUCCAACAGUCAGCCUUUACCCUCCGUCUCCGCCGGAAUCUAAGCCAAGUCGCGCUGAGCUUGCCAACGAUCUCCUGCAACAGCUAGACAACCAAUUUAAACAAGAAAACAUUUUCCCCAACUGGCUGGAGGAGAAAGUAGAGCUACCAAUAUUCGAGAACAUUCCUCAAUAUUCGGAACGCGUGGAUGUGCCGCCUCCGCAACAACAGGCACCAGUCCCGGUUCCUGUUCCUGCGGGUUAUCCCACGCCGCAACCCACUGAAGAACUACUUCGAGAAUUUGAGACAGUUUACGGAGUAGUCGAAUUAACCCAUUUAACACCGCCUCAAAGUCCACCCGGCCCUGCUAGCCAGCUUCUUUUGAGCUAUGCGCAACAAGCUCAGUGUACUCCGCUAGCGCCCAUUCUUCACAUUACUCAGCCGAAUGAACCCUGGCCGAUCAGUCCUGCAGCACCCGUUCCACCUUUACCUGCUGACUAUGAUUCAGAGCUGCAGGCUGUAGAAGAAUUGGUUCGUCACCGCGCUGCUCAACUCCAGUCUCCUUUGCCAUUCGAUGAUAGCACUUCAAACUCGCCCCGCUCUUCUCCCCCGUCCUCUCCACGUUCUUCUUCAACUGACGAAGAAUGGUCUGCCCCUUCUCGCCCAAAACCGUAUUCACGCCCGGUCGACGACCGUCGAUCUCGCAAGAAGGAGCAGAACAAGAACGCGGCAACCCGUUAUCGUCAGAAAAAGAAGGCAGAAAUUGAAGUACUGCUUAGUGAGGAGCACAGUCUGCGUCAGCGCCACACUGAACUGGGCGAAAAGUGCUCAGAUUUGCAACGUGAGAUUCGCUACCUUAAAGGACUAAUGCGUGAUCUCUUCAAAGCUAAAGGCCUUAUCAAGUAAAGUCAUCCACUCCGCCGCCUCCAGGAAUAAAUUGUCCGUACAAUAUGUACCAGAAGCGCUAUUAAUGUGAAAAGUUCAAAAAGAAGAUACAGGAGUUUCGUAUUUCGUAUUGUGUGUUUAAUUAUAAUGAUUUAUUUUGUAAUCUUAAAUUAAGUCGCUAGUAUAUUUUGGAUGAGCAGAUCCAACCACCCAUUGAGCAGCACAUAGCACUCGCAUUAUUUUGCCAAGAGCCUCAAAAUGUGUAUUAUAUCACCAUCAAGAAUAUCAUAGGUGGCGCCAAUUCAUUAAUCAUUUUUCAUUAAUUAGAGGAUAGGUCGCAUUUGUUGUUAUGAAAAUAUAUAUUUAAAAUUUUAUCUUCCUGUAUAGGAGCAUUUAUUAUAACGCCCUAAUAUUAUUUUACGAUGUCUUAUUGUUUUAUCUUAAUGAAAUUUAUAUUAAAUUGUAUUAACAGUGUUAUGUUUUCAUACAAUAUAAGGAAUGCGACGGCGGA